CUCGGCAGAUUAUGGCUGCGCGCGUGGGCCUUCCGCAGCAGGCGCUCCUCGCCUCCGUUCUUGCUCGAAGCCCAUCUCGUUCUCCUGCUCGCCUCCCUUAUCCUCCUCUCCUUCCCCUCCUGCUCCCCACCUACCGCCGAUCCAUCUCCGCCUCCGCCGACGCAGGGCUCCAAAACCUCCGCCGUCGCCGCCCCUUUGCUACCCGGGCCAUGUCGCAGCGAUCGGAGGCCGCUGGCAGCCCGUACGCUGCCGAGCUCGCCGCCGCCAAGAAGGCCGUCUCCCUCGCCGCCCGCCUCUGCCAGACGGUGCAACAGGAAAUUGAGCAAUCAGAUGUUCAGUCGAAAGCGGAUAAAAGUCCCGUGACAGUAGCUGACUAUGGGUCUCAAAUAUUGGUAAGUCUCGUGCUGAAUAUGGAAGUAACUUCUGGUUCAUUUUCUAUGGUGGCCGAGGAGGACUCUGAAGAUUUGAGAAAAGAUGGUGCUGGAGAAAUUUUGGAACGCAUUACCGAUCUUGUAAAUGAAACUCUCGCAGAGGAUGCUUCUUUCAACAUUUUGUUAUCUCAGGAAGGUAUCCUUUCUGCAAUUGAUAGCGGGAAGUCUGAGGGAGGUCCAUCUGGGCGUCAUUGGGUUCUAGAUCCUAUCGAUGGAACUAAAGGUUUCUUAAGAGGCGGCCAAUAUGCAAUUGCACUGGCAUUGCUUGAUGAGGGCAAAGUUGUUUUGGGUGUGUUGGGAUGUCCAAACCUUCCUUUGUCAUCAAUAAGUAACUUGAACAGUAGCUCAUCAGGAGAUCAAAUUGGUGCUCUCUUCUCAGCCACAAUUGGUUGUGGUGCAGAAGUACAGUCCUUAGAUGGUUCUCCACCACAAAAGAUUAGUGUUUGCUCCACCGAUAAUCCAGUCAAUGCCUCAUUCUUUGAAUCCUACGAAGGAGCACACACCAUGCAUGAUUUAACUGGCUCCAUCGCGGAGAAACUAGGUGUCCAAGCUCCCCCAGUUAGAAUCGACAGCCAAGCAAAAUAUGGUGCUCUUGCCCGUGGUGAUGGAGCCAUUUACUUGCGCUUUCCAUACAAGGGUUACAGGGAGAAGAUAUGGGACCACGCCGCUGGUGCAAUCGUUGUCACAGAAGCUGGAGGUUUAGUAACAGAUGCUUCAGGAAACGAUCUGGAUUUCUCGAAAGGGAGAUUCCUUGAUCUUGACACAGGCAUCAUCGCAACGAACAAGCAGCUGAUGCCGUCACUCCUAAAGGCUGUCCAAGAGGCUAUCAAGGAGAAAGACCAGGUGCCUUCCCCAUUGUAGAAGUUGGAUUGGUCCCAAAUGGUAAUUGUAGUGCUACUCCCCGACUCACCCAGUUGGGUAUGUGUACACAACCUUUGUUAGGGCAAACACAAUCCAUUGUUACAUCUACAGGGAAUAAAUAGAGGAUUUUGCUCCA